AAAGUUGCACUCUCUAAAGGGAGCUCUACUAUCGUUUGCUGCAAAACUAAUAUCAUCUUUAAGCUUAACGAAUGAGUAUUACACUAUGGCCUAUGAGCUACUGUGUAAGACUUAUGACAAUAAAUUUUUAAUAGUGAAUUUCGAUUUGCAGCAGAUUGACAACAUACCCCAGAUACACACAGGAACACAUGAAACUCAGAGCACUUUUCUGUGCAGUGCGAGGCUACAAAUACGUGCUCUUUCAGCUCUAUAUGAACCAACUAAACAUUACGAUCUUAUUCUGUUGUAUAUGCUGAACAAGAAAGCUGACAGCCAUACUCGCAUGGCAUGGAAUUUGUCCAGGACAAAACAACUUAUACGUCCAGGACAUUAUACAAUAGAUAAUUCAUAAGCAGAUCGGCCAAAUCUGAGAUAAGUAU